CUCAUUGAUACAUAGAACUUGCUAUAGGAUGUUGAUCUAGCAAAGAUGGCGACUUUUGCGACAGUAGAUUUAGUAAAAUAUUUAUGUACCUGCGAGAAAAAAUUUCCAAUAUGUCGACUGUAUUUGUGUAAACACUGCCUAAAACUGAGGUGCAUUGACUGCGUUCAGCAUGAGGUGGAUACACCAUACUGUCCCAAUUGUUUGGAAAUUAUGCCAGCACAGGAGGCAAAGCUCAAGAAAAAUAGAUGUAGCAACUGUUUUGACUGUCCAGUGUGUGGUCACACCCUGAUGACUCGAGCCAGUGGUCAUAUAUCUCCUAAUCCAGAGGAUCCUAACAAAUCAGUCACUAAGAAGACUUACUAUUUGGCUUGUGGCUUUUGUAGGUGGAAUACCCGUGAUAUAAAUAUGCUUGAUCAGACUGUAGCAACUGGAAAUUGGCCUAUGCUGGAAAACCCACAUGUCAAAAGAAUUAAUAAUCUUUUAGAAAACUACAAACUAAUGGCUCAGGUGGAAAAGGCUGAUCGUGAGAGAAAGAAAUAUGUAAAGCGUCGAAGUCAUCUAUACCUUCAAGACAAAUUCAAUCUGUCACCAUCAGUGAUGAAAAGAAAAGGAUUGUCUAGUUUUUCAAGUUUAAGCUUGAAAGAAGGAGAUAAGACAAUAGAAGACUUAGAACCAAGUGUUCCUGUUGAAAGCUUUGAUCCAUUGCCUAAUGAUUACUAUACACAGCCAGCUGCAUUAGAGAAAACUACCAAACUGGUCCAUAGGCUGAGUGUUCCUGAGUUUCAACCAGAAGAUGUCAGCAAACUUCACCCCAUUAACAAACAUUUGAUCAUGAAGAAAUCGCUGAGAUGUCGUGAAUGUGAACAUAAUUUGAGUAAAUCAGAUUUCAAUCCAUGCUCUAUUAAGUUCAAAAUUCAACUGACAGCCUUGCACUGGGUUCCUGAGGUCAGAAUUAUGACUCCUUCUACCUUUACCUACAACAAGGAAACGCUUGUCACCUUGACCAUGAGUAAUCCCUCAGUGUUCAAUACAACAGUGACACUGUCACAGAUUGAGAAUGAGACUGAUGUUGACUAUUGUACUGCUAAGGUGGAGUUACCAAAGAAAGAACUUGUUUUGGCCUCAAGGGAUGAACCUUCGAUGCAUGUGUAUGAAGACAGUUCACAGGCACAUGAAUUUAAAGAUGAUCCAAAGUUGAUCGUGUUUCGUAAAGGCAAUAAGAUUGGCUUUGUUGUCAAAGUGACUCCAGUGGUACCACAAGGCGAUGUAAAGAUAUGCUUCCUCCUAAAACAUGAGUUCCGCAACACCACAGUGGCUGCUCUCCAGAGUGAAUCCAAAGAGCCAGAGAUCAAAUGGCUGGAACAUAAAGUGUAUCUAUGUUUAGGAACUAUUUAAAUUUGAUGCUCGAAUUUUUUCCACUUAUGCUUGUCAGUUUGAUCACUUCUAUAGAUGUACAGCUUUCAGUGUAAAACAACUGGUUAUGGACUAUUUAAAACAAAUUCUUUAAAAUUUUGUACUCUGUAAUUAUUCUUGUCAUAUUAUUUUCUUUGCAUUGUAGUGGGAUUUUUGUGCAAUAUUUUUUUUUUGUGUAUAUCAAAAAAUAAUUUGAGAUGUGAAAGAAUUAAUUCAUAAAACAUUGAUUAUCACCAUUUUUCUUACAAAAAAUAAAAAAAUUUUAAGACAGAAGUUACAGAUAUCUGAAAAAACAACACAUCUAAAUAAAAUUUAAAAAAAAAGAAUUUUUGCACCAUUAUUUUUUUCUUUUAUUACCGGUAUCCACUUCUUCGCCCCCCCACUUUUUUUUUCAAACUGGUCCAGACAGGUGAAAAGAUCAUAGCGCAUCGAGAAAGAUAAAAGCAUGAAAUUGCGGUAAACAUAAACAAUAGGUAAAAAUAUUGUAAUCACACAGAUUUAUUAUAUUUAUUAUAGUUAUUCUAGGUUUAUUACAAAUUUAGUUACUUGACUGGAUUGAUAAAACUACUCUUAGUGUAAGCUUUCUGUUGUUUUUUUCUAAGUAUUUUUAAUGUUUUCCUUCUUUGGUCUUAAGUGUAAUUUAUUAUAAGCGACAUGCUGUUUGCAAGUUUUCCCUAAAUAGCUAGUGUUGCUUCAGAUAGUUGACAUAGUAAUACUAUUUGUCAUGUUUUAUCAAUUGAAUUAAUCUAAGUGUGAAGCUGAGUUUAAAUAAUAUGUAUUGAGAAAGGUUUGCUAAUGUGUUUUGCUUGUCUGAAAAGUUUAUUGAAAACUUUUUUGAAUGCAUUUUUAGAAGCGCUAGAGUCAUAUUGUGUUUAUUUGAUCAUGUCCCCACACUCUAAUUGUUUAAUGAUUGCAGUCAAGUGUCUUCAUUAACUUGUACAUUAAUUUGUUUUUUUUUUUAAAUCUUUCUGUUUAAACAUUAUUCAAAAUGAUAGCAUGUUUUGUUUUUCCCUGUGUCUGUGUGACAUGGAUCUGUUCUCUGUGUGUGUGUGUGACGUGGAUAAGUUUUUCUGUGUGACAUGGAUCAGUUUUUCUGUGUGACAUGGAUCAGUUUUUCUGUGUGACAUGGAUCAGUUUUUCUGUGUGACAUGGAUCAGUUUUUCUGUGUGUGUGUGUGUGUGACAUGGAUCAGUUUUUCUCUGUGUGUGUGUGACAUGGAUCAGUUUUUCUCUGUGUGUGUGUGACAUGGAUCAGUUUUUCUGUGUGUGUGUGUGUGACAUGGAUCAGUUUUUCUGUGUGACAUGGAUCAGUUUUUCUGUGUGUGUGUGUGUGUGACAUGGAUCAGUUUUUCUGUGUGACACGGAUCAGUUUUUCUGUGUGUGUGUGUGACAUGGAUCAGUUUUUCUCUGUGUGUGUGUGACAUGGAUCAGUUUUUCUCUAUGUGUGUGUGACAUGAAUCAGUUUUUCUCUGUGUGUGUGUGUGUGACAUGGAUCAGUUUUUCUGUGUGUGUGUGUGUGUGUGACAUGGAUCAGUUUUUCUCUGUGUGUGUGUGACAUGGAUCAGUUUUUCUGUGUGUGUGUGUGUGACAUAUAUCAGUUUUUCUGUGUGACAUGGAUCAGUUUUUCUGUGUGUGUGUGUGUGUGACAUGGAUCAGUUUUUCUGUGUGACACGGAUCAGUUUUUCUCUGUGUGUGUGUGACAUGGAUCAGUUUUUCUCUGUGUGUGUGUGACAUGAAUCAGUUUUUCUCUCUGUGUGUGUGUGUGUGACAUGGAUCAGUUUUUCUGUGUGUGUGUGUGUGUGUGACAUGGAUCAGUUUUUCUCUGUGUGUGUGUGACAUGGAUCAGUUUUUCUGUGUGUGUGUGUGACAUGGAUCAGUUUUUCUCUGUGUGUGUGUGACAUGGAUCAGUUUUUCUGUGUGUGUGUGUGUGACAUGGAUCAGUUUUUCUGUGUGUGUGUGUGUGUGUGUGACAUGGUUCAGUUUUUCUGUGUGUGUGUGUGACAUGGAUCAGUUUUUCUGUGUGUGUGUGUGUGACAUGGAUCAGUUUUUCUGUGUGUGUGUGUGUGUGUGACAUGGAUCAGUUUUUCUGUGUGUGUGUGUGUGUGACAUGGAUAAGUUUUUCUGUGUGACAUGGAUCAGUUUUUCUGUGUGACAUGGAUCAGUUUUUCUGUGUGACAUGGAUCAGUUUUUCUGCGUGUGUGUGUGUGACAUGGAUCAGUUUUUCUCUGUGUGUGUGUGACAUGGAUCAGUUUUUCUCUGUGUGUGUGUGACAUGGAUCAGUUUUUCUGUGUGUGUGUGUGUGUGACAUGGAUCAGUUUUUCUGUGUGACAUGGAUCAGUUUUUCUGUGUGUGUGUGUGUGUGUGUGUGUGACAUGGAUCAGUUUUUCUCUGUGUGUGUGUGUGACAUGGAUCAGUUUUUCUGUGUGUGUGUGACAUGGAUCAGUUUUUCUCUGUGUGUGUGUGACAUGGAUCAGUUUUUCUGUGUGUGUGUGUGACAUGGAUCAGUUUUUCUGUGUGUGUGUGUGACAUGGAUCAGUUUUUCUGUGUGACAUGGAUCAGUUUUUCUGUGUGACAUGGAUCAGUUUUUCUCUGUGUGUGUGUGUGACAUGGAUCAGUUUUUCUGUGUGUGUGUGUGUGACAUGGAUCAGUUUUUCUGUGUGUGUGUGACAUGGAUCAGUUUUUCUGUGUGUGUGUGACAUGGAUCAGUUUUUCUGUGUGUGUGUGUGACAUGGAUCAGUUUUUCUGUGUGUGUGUGUGUCUGACAUGGAUCAGUUUUUCUGUGUGACAUGGAUCAGUUUUUCUGUGUGACAUGGAUCAGUUUUUCUGUGUGUGUGUGUGUGUGACAUGGAUCAGUUUUUCUGUGUGUGUGUGACAUGGAUCAGUUUUUCUCUGUGUGUGUGUGACAUGGAUCAGUUUUUCUGUGUGUGUGUGUGUGUGACAUGGAUCAGUUUUUCUGUGUGACAUGGAUCAGUUUUUCUGUGUGUGUGUGUGUGUGUGUGACAUGGAUCAGUUUUUCUGUGUGACAUGGAUCAGUUUUUCUGUGUGACAUGGAUCAGUUUUUCUGUGUGACAUGGAUCAGUUUUUCUCUGUGUGUGUGUGACAUGGAUCAGUUUUUCUCUGUGUGUGUGUGACAUGGAUCAGUUUUUCUCUCUGUGUGUGUGUGACAUGGAUCAGUUUUUCUCUGUGUGUGUGUGUGACAUGGAUCAGUUUUUCUCUGUGUGUGUGUGUGUGUGUGACAUGGAUCAGUUUUUCUGUGUGACAUGGAUCAGUUUUUCUGUGUGACAUGGAUCAGUUUUUCUGUGUGACAUGGAUCAGUUUUUCUCUGUGUGUGUGUGACAUGGAUCAGUUUUUCUCUGUGUGUGUGUGACAUGGAUCAGUUUUUCUCUGUGUGUGUGUGACAUGGAUCAGUUUUUCUGUGUGUGUGUGUGUGACAUGGAUCAGUUUUUCUGUGUGACAUGGAUCAGUUUUUCUCUGUGUGUGUGUGUGUGUGUGUGUGUGUGUGUGACAUGGAUCAGUUUUUCUGUGUGACAUGGAUCAGUUUUUCUGUGUGACAUGGAUCAGUUUUUCUGUGUGACAUGGAUCAGUUUUUCUCUGUGUGUGUGUGACAUGGAUCAGUUUUUCUCUGUGUGUGUGUGACAUGGAUCAGUUUUUCUCUGUGUGUGUGUGUGUGACAUGGAUCAGUUUUUCUGUGUGUGUGUGACAUGGACCAGUUUUUCUAUGUGUGUGUGUGUGUGACAUGGAUCAGUUUUUCUGUGUGUGUGUGUGUGUGACAUGGAUCAGUUUUUCUGUGUGUGUGUGUGACAUGGAUCAGUUUGUGUGUGUGUGUGUGUGUGUGUGACAUGGAUCAGUUUUUCUGUGUGUGUGUGUGUGUGACAUGGAUCAGUUUUUCUCUGUUUGUGUGUGACAUGGAUCAGUUUUUCUGUGUGUGUGUGUGACAUGGAUCAGUUUUUCUGUGUGUGUGUGUGUGACAUGGAUCAGUUUUUCUGUGUAUGUGUGACAUGGAUCAGUUUUUCUGUGUGUGUGUGUGUGACAUGGAUCAGUUUUUCUGUGUGUAUGUGUGUGUGUGUGUGUGUGACAUGGAUCAGUUUUUCUGUGUGACAUGGAUCAGUUUUUCUCUGUGUGUGUGUGUGUGUGUGUGACAUGGAUCAGUUUUUCUGUGUGACAUGGAUCAGUUUUUCUCUCUGUGUGUGUGUGUGUGUGUGUGACAUGGAUCAGUUUUUCUGUGUGACAUGGAUCAGUUUUUCUCUGUGUGUGUGUGACAUGGAUCAGUUUUUCUCUGUGUGUGUGUGUGACAUGGAUCAGUUUUUCUGUGUGUGUGUGUGACAUGGAUCAGUUUUUCUGUGUGUGUGUGACAUGGAUCAGUUUUUCUGUGUGUGUGUGUGUGACAUGGAUCAGUUUUUCUGUGUGUGUGUGUGACAUGGAUCAGUUUUUCUGUGUGUGUGUGACAUGGAUCAAUUUUUUUCUUUGUGUGUGUUUGACAAAAAUCAGUUUUUUCUGUGUGUCUACAAAUCCAGUUUAAUUAUGUUUCCUUGUGUCCACAUUUUCUUGUUCCUCCAUUAAAUACUAUAACACUCUCAAUAAUUUAUAUCCCUUCAGUGUUGCUUUCUAUACUUAAGUGUCUUGAGAGAGACACACAGCUUUGUCUCCUAUCAACUUCAUGAGAAAUGCUGCAGUAAUUUGUUUCUUUACAGAUUUCAAGUUAAGUUUUAAUAAUAUAUUAUAUAUAUGUUAAUAUACCCAUCUGUAGUUUUUAUGUUGAAAUUAGCAGGGCAAUAUGGUGAUAUUCUUUAGAAAUUGUUUUGUUAGCACUUGUGGCUGUGCUGGUGAUAUGUUAUGUGUAGUGUAGGCUUAAAAAUAAACACACUAGCAAUGUGCUCUGGCUUUUUUUUUUUUAUUUCUUGGAAUGUAUAAAUGUGUACACCAAUUUCAAAUAUUUUGUAGUUUAGAAAUGGAUUUUCUGGAUCAGUGGUUUAGUUCUUUCAAUCAUGGCAUCAGGUGAGUUGUCUGUAACACAAACUAUGCCAAAUCUAUAACACACAACAUAUACUAUAUCAACAUAAACUAUAAGGACAACUACAACAUACAUAGAUACACCUACGAAAUAUCAGAAAUAACACGAAUCUUUAUGACAAAAAACUUAAAACCACAACGCACACCAUAACGACAAUAACUAUAAGCUCACUAAGUAUAACACAAACUCACUUGUUGCCUCCGCUUUUAAAUUCAAGCACGAAAAAUGUGACAUCGGAUUUUCAAAAACCUGUUUCUUUAUCGAGAAAAUGAUCUUGGCCGGAAGAAAGUCAAAACCAGAUAUCGAGCCGAGCUAUAUAGAUAGCCAACUUGGCAAUAUGUAUUUAUUCAUUUUAUUGGCCAUUUAAAUCGAAAGUAAAAAUAACACACACACACUUUGAUUAUCAGGAUUCUGUGAAUUGGCUCCUCACCCUAAAAGGAAAUAUCUGAUCAGUUUGAAGAACCUAAAUGUAAGUCUCAUCCUACCGAUUCGUGUAUCCCAAAGAACG